AUGGACGUCAAUGUGUCUGGAAGCGAAGAUGUGUUUAGUGGCUGUCCGUUGGGAGCUGGUGUUUCUCAUUUUCAACGGCAAUCGUCGCGACGCGUUAGCAGAUCAUCUCGUCAGCCUAAGCUGUCGGUCAGGAGGCAGAGUGAGUUGUUUCGAGAUUACUCAGAGAACAGGCCAUUUCAUGACUUGAGUUAUCCAGUCAACACUGGGAUUGAACCGUACACUGACAUUGAACUUCAAGAGUUGUAUGGACAGGUGUACAUCAGUAGAUUUGAUAAUCGAGACUGUGGAGAUUUGUUGAAGAACAUUGGACUGAAUUUGUAUGAUUUGCUCAAUGCACUCGAGUCGAUACAUGUACAUCUAUUUGUUGAGCAAAUACCCGUCAUUCAAAUUCCCUAUCAGAUGUAUUGUGAGAAGAAAGAAUCGGAUGAAACUCUUUUGUUUCACUUCUUUGCGUUGCCAAACUCUCGAUUUACGGAUCCACAAAAUAUGGUUGCUGGAAUUAUCAGACAAACAGCUCUCUUUGCAUUCAAAAUGGAUGUCUCAGUUAAUCUGGAACUGGAAGAAAAGUGUGGAGAUAUCAGACACAGUGUGUUUGCCAUUAAGGAAGUUUUUGGGAAAGGCCAGGAACCAGUUGGUCGUUUGUUUCCUCGCAUGACGGGGGCACACUACUACUUCCCUCGUGAGCUGCUUGUCUCACCCAAGACUCUGUGCAAGGCGUGUCCAUUUCAUGUUAUCUUUGAUCGUGACCUCAAUCUAGUUGAGAUUGGCUCCUCUUUGCAGCGUUUAUUGAAAAUUGAUCUGAACGAAGACGGAACUGUGGCUUCCCGACUGAAUUUUGCAUCCGUGUUUGAGUUGAAGCGUCCACCGUUGAUUGAGCUGGCGUUUGAUAUGUUUCUUGAUCGAUUUAAUUCCGUGGUGGAAGUGAAGAUCAAAGAGUCCGCUGCAGUUUCUAUUACUCGUCGAAGUCGAAGUCGCAGCAGCAGAAGUCGCAGUCGAAGUCAUACGUCUAGUACAGAAGAUGAUGAUUAUGGAACUUGUCGUGCUUGCAUUACCAUUCGUGGCCAGAUGAUUUAUGCCCUGGAAUCCGACUCGCUGCUAUUUCUUGGCUCACCACUUGUCCGCACACUCGAUGAUGUCGAUCAGUUUGGUCUUUAUAUUAGUGAUAUUGCCGUUCAUGAUGCCACACGUGAUUUGAUUUUACAAAAUGGUGCAUAUCAGGGUCAUCUAACGCUCGUUGACCAGCUGGAAAAGAUGAAUAGUGACAUUGAAAUAGCUCAGCAGAGUUUGAAGGAGCAGCAGGAAGGCUCAAACAAACUCCUUCGUUCCAUGCUUCCGAAUCCAGUGGCAGAUGCUUUAUUACGAGGAGAAGAAGUCAUGCCUCAGCAAUAUGAGAGUGUCACAAUCAUGUUCAGUGAUCUUACAAAUUUUGCGGAUCUUACAGCAGAUUGGGAGCCUCGUCAGAUUGUUGAUUUACUCAAUCACAUGUACACAGAGUUUGACGAGAUUCUCCCGUGUCACAAUGUGUACAAGGUUGAAACUGUGAAUGACUCGUACAUGGUGGUGGGAGGUUGUCCUGAAGAGAAUGAGCAUCAUGCACGGGAGGUAGCAAGAAUGGCAGUGGACAUGAUGGACACAAUGGAUGUCAUCAAACAUCCAGUCACUCACAAUUCACUAACUGGCCAGCUGCGAAUUGGUAUUCACUCUGGUUCCAUCAGAGCGGGCGUAGUGGGAACCGAGCGUCCACGAUAUUGUUUGUUUGGAGAUACUGUCAAUGUGACCAGUCGCACAUUGACUGCUGGCAUUUCAGGCGCCAUUACGAUCACAGAACACACUCAUGAAAAACUCAAGCAUUACGACGAAUUUGAUUUACUGAAUCCUAGAGAUGUGCAGAUGAAAGGCGUGGAGAAACCUGUGACAUGCUACACUCUGAUGCCGAAGGAGCGUUCAAUGUCACUUUGUUCUGCAGAGUCGACCUCUUUACGAAGGAUGAGCAGGCAGAUCAAGUUUGAAUGGAUGUCGUAUGCUCCUACAGUUUCAGCUUCGGUUCUUGACAGAAGGUAUCUAGGAGGACGAAGUGUAUCAUGUCCUCAACCUGCUGGGAAUCCAAACUUUAGUUAUUUGUCAAUGGGUCAUGCUUUUUAUAAAGGAAAUCAAAGCUUGUUGGCGAGCUUCGAGCACCAGCAUUGUGUACUGCCAGUAACAAGUGCUCCACCAAAGUCUAAAAUGUCAAAGGAAGGCAGUGGAUCUUCAAUUAAAAGUCGAGGGAGCAGAACUUCGUCAUCAAGAGCAGCAACGUCAGCAAAGUCAUCACUAGGUAUAUUUGCCUCUCAGAAACCGCUUCGAGCCAGCGUAUCUCAAAGUCCCGGAGGACUGAUGAUAACCGUGUCUUCACCACAUGGCAGUUCUCUCACCGCAACACAAGAAGAGGACGAGUCAGAAGAGUUUGGUGUUAACUCAAAACAAGUCAGACAACAACAAUUCGCUUGCACAGAUGAUGUCUUUUUGGGAGAUCAAAUCAAGUUGUCUCAACCACAGAAUAUCACCACAUCACAGGCCAUGGAUGGUACUGAUAUUGAUGCAGUGUCCUUACUUGAACUGGAAAUGCUGAAAGUAACUCUGCCAUCACAAAGAUCUGUGUUGGAAUCACAUGUUUAGAACAGUUCACUGUAGUCGUAGGUACAAGUAUGUUACAGUAAUGAACUCUGUUGUUUAAAUUUUGUAGAUGCAGUAAACUAGUGUGUUAAUUAAUUAAGUUAAUUAAAUGUUUAGCUUAGGAACCACAUGACAUAUAGAAAUGACACAUACGUACAAAUGACACAUAGAACUACACGUG